AUGCUCGCCACGCUCUUUCGUCACGGACGGGCGAUCCGUCGUCUCGACUCUCUCAACUCAAGCCCUUCUGCUGUACUGAACAACAUCAAGCUGAGCAGGAGCUGUGCAGGAGCUGAGCCGGCGUUGGCAGCCAAAGGCAGCCAAAAGCAGAGCAAGGCUAAAGCUUGCAUGCGCAUCCGAAGCCAAUGUGUCACCCUCGCCACGAAUGAAUUUGCACUUUCCACAGUCACAUCCGCCAAAAGCUUGCAGCGCGGCACUAUCAGGCCAUCACCGAGAGAAGAGAGGGUGACAAAAGCCGGCGCCGCCCCCACCACACCUCCUUGCUGCCGCUCUCCGCUCUGCACGGAAUUCUUCCACUGCGAGGUCGCGACGCUUCGCAACGCUUUGGUUCAGACAACAAAGCCGUUCAGCUCGGUGGCAUCCCGCUGUGCGAAUCCGCGACUUCCUCUUGCUCGACUGACCCGACGCGGUAAAACGGCCGGCUCGAGCGUCACGCAGAUUUCCCACUUUCACCGACCGACCGUGCAUUUCGCGCCUCUCUCCCGCUCGCUUUCUCUCUCGCCCGCUCUUGGAGUCGAGGCAAUUUUUCCAAGAGCCAGCCAGCCAGCCUCGUCCCUCUCUGCAUGGAACAUUCGAGCUGCUCGUCCGACUCGGUCUCCCUCUCGCAUCGCAUACGCCGCCCUCGCCGCCAGUGCGCACUCGGCUCGAGCAGACGACGACGACACCGCGGCCUGGCACCACCCGCGCUGUGGCUUCCUCCGACACCGCUUGGCACUACGAAGCCACUCCAACCAGCGCGCACAACCUGACGACCAAAACCCUCCCCCGGCUGAGGCCAGUCAACAAGUCACCAUGGUGCGAUCCGUCACCUUCGAGAUCCGCUGGCAUGACACCCAGCCCAUCUACAGCUGCUCCUUCCAGCCCAUCCCCGCCAACCACCUCCGGCGUGUGCUCGACCACAACAUGGGUCAAGCAGCCGGCAUGGCGCCAGGGAAGGGCCUCUCCGAGCUCGACUCGUCCGCCGCAGCCGCCAUGACGUCCACCUCGUCCUCGCACGCCUCGGCAUCCACAUCCGCCGCCUCGUCUUCCAAGCUCGCCCAUCCGCCCGUCAUGGCCGGCGGGCAGAGUUGGAGGCUCGCAACCGCCGGAGGCGACAACAACGCACGCGUCUGGAUGGUGCAUCCCAACAUCCCUUCGCCCGCUGCCAUCGCCAGCGCCGCGGCCGUCUCGGGCUCCACCGUCGUCGCCCCGCAUCCGCCGCGCGUCGAGUAUCUCGCCACGCUUCAGCGCCAUUCGGGCGUCGUCAACGUGGUGCGCUUCUGUCCCAAGGGCGAGCUGCUCGCCACCGCCGGCGACGACGGCAACGUGCUCUUCUGGGUGCCCAGCGACCGCAGCAAACCCAGCUUCGGCGACGUCUCCACCAACCUCGAAGGCGAGACGCAGUUCGAAAAGGAGUUCUGGCGCGUCAAGCUCAUGUGCCGUGCCACCCAGCAGGAGCUCUACGACAUGGCUUGGAGCCCCAACGGCGAGACGCUCGCCGUCGGCGGCACCGACUUUGUGGCGCGCAUCAUAAACGUCCAGGACGGCCACGUCAUCCGCGAAAUCUCGGAACACAACCACUACGUCCAGGGCAUCGCCUGGGACCCGCUCAACGAAUUCAUCGCCACGCAGAGCAGCGACCGCUCCGUCCACGUCCACAAUCUGCAGACGCGACGACACGGCGACCACGCCCAUGGCCAUGCCACCGGCACGGACGGCGUCGCCUCGUCGCAGCUCGUGAGCAAGAACGCCAAGCUCGAUCUGCAUCGUCGCAACGGCAGCUCUGGCGGUCUGCCCGCAGCGGCGUCCGCGGCAUCGGCGGCGGCGGCAGCGGCGGCUCACGACCACAUGCUGCCCGUGCCUGCCGGUUUGGCAAGCAGCGAUGCCGGCCGCCGAGGCAGCAGCGUCAGCCGCUCGGGCUCGCGCACGCGCAGCAUCCGAUCGCCCUCGCCUAUCCCGCCGCUGCCUGCCAUCCGCGCACCGCCGUCGCCCAAGCAGCGCAUGCAGGCCGCGGCGGCCUCCGGCCUGGGUGGUCCGCUCGCCAAGGCGUCGAUGCGGCUGUAUGGAGACGAGAACUUUAGCGGCUUCUUCCGGCGUCUGUCGUUCAGUCCGGAUGGUGGGCUGCUCGUCACGCCCAGUGGACUGUUUGACCCGCCGCCGCCGCCGGCUUCGCCCACGGUGAGUCUGUCGCCGCGGAAGAGCCCCGCGACGCUCAACCCCGCCACGGUUGCUGGAGGGGCUCAGCCGGCGCCGACGGCGGGUGCACAGACAGGCGGCGCGAACAAGAGCGCCGUGUACCUGUAUGCGCGCGGCAACCUGACGCGCUCCAAUGCGCCCAUCGCCGUGCUGCCGGGCCACAAGACGGCGACGCUGGUGGUGCGCUUUUCGCCGAUUCUGUAUGAGCUGCGCCGCACGCCGCGCGCCGGCUCGGGCGCAGCAGCCGGAGACGACGAGGGGAUCGCGCCGCAUCCGACCAUCCCGCUCGAGGCGGGCAAGCAGAAGACGGUGUCGCUGCGCACCGAGGCGGCGAUGGCGGGUUCGCCUCCGCCGAGCGGCGUGAGUGGCGCGGGUAAGGCGUCUCCGCCCGUGUCGCGGCAGGAUGCGCGUUCGCCGCCGCGCGGGAUCAGCGUGAUUGGGCUGCCGUACCGCAUGGUGUAUGCGGUGGCGACGCAGGACAGCGUGUGGAUCUACGACACGCAGCAGACGGGGCCGAUUUGCUGCUUCAGCAACAUGCACUAUGCCAGCUUUACCGAUCUGAGCUGGUCGCCGGACGGACAGACGCUCAUGAUGUCGUCGACGGAUGGGUACUGUUCGGUGGUGGUGUUUGACUAUGCCGAGUUGGGGGUGCCGUAUGCGUUUGCGGCACAGCCGGCGUUGAAGGCUCCUGCGCCGGGAGUGCCUGCGCCGGCGCAUAUUGCCGAGGGAAAGACGACGGGCUCGGCGCCGAGCACGCCCAAGAUUACGAGUCCGGCACAGCUGGUGUCGGUGCCGGUGCAGGCGGCGGGGUCGGCGGCAGAGGCGUAUGCCAGCGCCAUUGGCGGUACGGCGACAGCGACGACAUCGGCUCCAGCGGUGGCGUCCGGGGCGGGGUUGGGAUUGGCGAUUCCAUCAGCUGCGGGAGCGGACACGGGAGCGGACGAGGCACCCAAGAAGAAACGCCGCAUCGCACUCACACUCGAACGUCCGCUCGGGUCGUAA